AUGUCAGAUAAUAACUACGACCACCCCCCAGCUUCCUCUCGUCGACCACCGGUUCCCAGUGAUCAAAACGCCCCUACUAUUGGUUCCCAAAGAAGACCGUUACAAUUCCAACGACCCCCCGGGGAUCUUAUCAUCACCGACCCGAGCCUGGAACAAGUUGCUCUGGACCACGCUGCUCGCAACAUAAGUGACUUUGAGACCGUUCGCGGGUCAUAUGAACCUCUUCCUCAUUUCGAACGACGGCCUUCAGACGAUUUCGAAUCUGAUUUAGACACAAUACUUUUUGAUACUCAAUUUGCAAACCCCACUUCACGUCUCUUGGAACGGUUGAUUGACGAAGAUUCACGAGAAAACUCACGCAACAAUCAACCCUCAAACAGGCCCAGACCAAGAGAGCACUUACUGUAUCUCCGAAACUUGAUUCACCAAGAAAGCGACCAUAUAAAUACGAAUGACACCACUCGUGCCUUGGACACAUUGAACCGAGAAAUUGAGGAUCACUACCUGGACCACGCCAGCAGAUUGCAAAUCCAAGCCAACAGGUUUCACCAAUUCCGUCAAUCUCACCACGCCUAUCAAUCAGUUUUCGGACUCCCUCACUUGAAUGCGCGAAGAUCGUUGAUGGAACAGCUACCUCAACGCGCCUCAAGUCUGGAAGCCCGCCCACCGAGGGAUAGAGACGACCGACGCCGUUCUCUCCGUUCAGCGCUAUACGAUCUCAUCCCCACGCCAUCAGACAUGCCUCCAUCUCAAAGUAGCCGCGACCAGGACCAUGACCGUGCACGCCGACAGAAGCGGCGCAAGCUGGACGCGGACGAUAAUCGCGAAGACUCCCUUGGGUUCAACUAUGGACACCAAGGUCAGGUUGUUCCGGGUGCCUUGAAGAUGGAAAUUGCGAGCUGUGAUGGAGGCCUUUUCGACUCAGAAAGCGACAACUUGUUCCCAGCAAAUGUUUUGCAGAAUGACGAGUCGGUGUACAGCACCAAGUCUGAUCGCUGCAAUUUGAUUCUUCGUCACCGGGAUGAGGCACCGUUCUGCUUGAAGAAGAUUGUCAUCAAAGCCCCUCGCACCGGUUUUGACUCUCCAGUUCAAGAAGGCAUGGUAUUUGUGUCCAUGACGUCGGAUGAACUACUCGCCCGAACAGCUCGAUAUCAAAUUCAGUAUUCUGAGCCACCACAACGUCGCUCCCAUCGCCGCUUUAUACUACCAUCCGAAGAAUACCUAUCUGGCAAUUACCGCAGCCGAACUGCUCCUGGACGUCUCGACCGCACCGUGCUCAUUGACCCUGAUUCCAACCAGCUUGGUUCAAGUCAAUCAGGGAGCACAAAUGUUGAUCCCCAGACUGAAUUCCGCAUUACCACCGAAUAUAGUGACACUGUUGACGAAGAUACAUCUGUUGAAAGGGAAGAUGAAGAUUUCGAUACCUCAGCCAAUACCGACAUUGAGAGAGCCAAUGACCCAGAAGAUGUGCUCUUCUCUGACACCGACGAUAACAGUCCCAGUGACGACGACGAAGAUGAUCAUCCAAUGUCUCAACGCAGACUAGACAUUCAACGUCUUAACGACACUCCUCAAAGCAGACGCGACAGACAACGUUUCGAGAAUCAACACAGCGAGAAUCAACGUCGCCUAUGGGCGUCCCGCCAGAACUCCGAUCAGCCUCAUCGACGUCGCCACGUCCCAAGCUUGGUUGACCCGAUACGCCGUCCACCCAUCUCCAGCCCAGUCAUGCCCGGAACGAGUGAGGAGGUCCUUAAACCAUACGCUCGAUUCUUUAUCAGAAGAGAAAAUAGCGUCGUUAGUAUCAAGUUUGACCCACCUCCUUCUGGCCGUUUCAUUCUUAUAAAACUCUGGAGUACCAGCACGGGCAGCAAUAUUGAUAUCCAAAGUAUCAUAUCUCACGGAUACGCUGGUCCUAGAUUUUUUCCGUCGGGUGGGCUCCGGUGA